GGAUACUUGGUUGCUUUCCUGCCUUCAGAACUCUCCACUCCACUCCCACGAGUCAAUCUCUAUCAGCUUCCAGGUAAGCAGCUCUAUUAUCCUCCUGUUAUUUGGAUGCCCUUCUUUUUCCACCUCAAUUGGCCCCGAAAUCGCUCGCAUACCUCUACCCGGCUAGUUCCAAUCUGCAACUUUGCUAACAGAAGGAUCCGCGUAAAAAAAAAAAAAAAUUAGCUGUCCCAGACCACAAUGCUGUACAGACAUACCGCUGCCCGCUCUGUCCUCAGGGCUUUCUCCAGUUCCAAUGCCUCUGUGGCUCGCUCGUCUCUGGUGAAUAAUGUUUUCAAGGCUCCGUUGACGUCUUCCGCUCGUUAUCCCGCCCGCCCGACUGUGUCGCCGAGCUUGGCCCUGGCUGCCCGCAAGCCUGUCACUACCGCGCUUGUCCGAUAUGCCUCUACCUCCAAGGUAAGAAAGAGGAAUGGCGAUGAGGAUGUUGAUGUCAUGGCCGGUAUGCGCGGUGAGGCGCAAGUGAUCAAGGAUACCUUCAGCCUUGCAGAUGUCCCCAAGGAGGCUCUCUACCUGGGUAUGGCGGGUGUGAUUCCUUACCUGGCUACCUCCCUCCAGACCGUGUACCUUUCCUACGAGAUCAGCCACGCUGCUGUUGCUGGCGACGGGCUCAUCUUCUCUGGCCAGAGCGCUGAGCUCAUGCUUCACAUGCUCGAGACCGUCCAGGUCGGCUACGGUGCUGUCAUCCUCUCCUUCCUCGGUGCCAUCCACUGGGGUCUCGAAUGGGCCAACUACGGUGGCAAGUUCGGCUACAAGCGCUACGCCGCCGGUGUGAUCGCGCCCGCCGUCGCCUGGCCUACUUUGCUGCUCCCAGUCGAGUACGCCCUGAUCAGCCAGUUCCUCGCCUUCACCUUCCUCUACUACAACGAUGCCCGUGCCGCCGCCCAGGGCCGCGCCCCCCACUGGUACGGCAUGUACCGCUUCGUGUUGACCUUCAUUGUCGGCGCUAGUAUCGUCGCCAGCUUGGUCGGCCGCGAGCAGAUCUCCGGCAUCGUUUCCUCCAAGGAACACUCUAUCACUGAGAAGGUCAGUGCCCUGCUCUUCCUCCAGAAGAAGGAGAAGGAGGAGGCCGAGGCCCGCCUCAAGGCUGAGCAGGAGGAGUCCGAGUAA